AAGCGGCUGGUACGGGAGCACAGGCUUCACGCGCAUCUCGCCCUUUCACUUGGAACCUGCAGAAGACGAUUGAGUUUUACAAUUGAAAACCCUUUCCUGCAGCUUCAAAAAGACCUCUUACGAUUCUGUCCCUGGUGAAAACGCCUGCUGAAAGCGCGUCGGUCCUCCACUGCAGCAGACGCUCUUCAUGAUGUCGUAUUAUCACACGGGGAAAGAGCUGGACAUGGCGGCGAUGACGGAGCCGCUCUGCCUGGAAAGAGAUAUUUGCAGAGUGAUCGAAUUGUUGGACAGACUUCAGAGAAGUGGUGAACUUCCGCCUCCCAAACUCCAGGCUCUACAGAGAGUUUUACAGAGCAAGUUCUGUGCUGCCAUCCGAGAGGUCUAUGAGCAGCUUUAUGAUACAUUGGACAUUGUAGGUGGGCCUGAUGUCCGAGCACAAGCCACUGCAAAGGCCACAGUAGCAGCAUUCGCAGCCAGUGAAGGCCAUGCACAUCCAAGAGUGGUUGAGCUCCCUAAAACAGACGAGGGGCUUGGGUUCAACAUCAUGGGUGGAAAAGAGCAAAACUCUCCCAUCUACAUCUCCAGGGUCAUCCCAGGGGGUGUUGCUGACCGUCAGGGUGGUCUGAAGAGAGGAGAUCAACUGCUCUCUGUUAAUGGAGUGAGUGUGGAGGGAGAACAUCAUGAGAAAGCUGUAGAGCUGCUAAAGGCAGCGCAGGGUUCAGUGAAGCUGGUGGUGCGUUACACCCCUAAAGUCCUCGAAGAGAUGGAAGCCAGGUUUGAAAAGAUGAGAAGUGCCAGGAGACGCCAGCAACAUACCAGCUAUUCGUCUUUGGAAUCCAGGGGUUAACCAAUCUCAACUUCUGACUGAUCUGCCACCCUCUCUGCUCCUGUAAGAUGACAGAAGACCCAGAGGAGAUCAGUGUAGACUACUCUUAGCUAUUUAUAUGUUAGUGGAACGAUCUCAAAACAUGUAGACCUCAAAUAUACUAUUUUCCCCCGGAGAGACUGCAUACUGCAUCUGGUCUGUCUUGAGUCUAAUGUUUUUUUUUUUAUUAUUGUACUCUUAUGUGGAACCUGCACCCUGUGAUGCUCUCAGGGGUUGUGUGUGUCUGUUAGCACAGAGGAGAACUUAAAAAAAAUGCCCGGCUAGUGCAAAUACACAGUAUGUGUAUUUAUAGGACCCUGUGUCUUUUGCAGUAGGAUUAUUGCUGAACUGAAUGGGAUGAUGGCUCCUUAGACCAUUAUUCAUUCACUCACGUAUCAAGUCUGUGUUUCAGAAGACAUGCAUUGACAAUAAGAGUUAAAGCUAUGCAUCCCACUUCUGUAACUAUUCUUGUAUAAUGUGUUCUGCACUGUGUGAGCUACAAAAGGUGUACACACAAUACACAAACAGUUAUCACAAAUGACUCUUACUGAAUGAACUGAUUGCUCUGUACUAAGCAUGAACCGAUUGCUCUGUGCAAAGCAUGCUACACUCAAAUAGGGUCCUCAUGAAAAUGUUGCUAUGAGUGGCUUUGUGCUGCCAAUCAUAGUGCCUAUGUUUAAUGCUUGAAUUUUUGAGUUAAUUUAUUCAUGCAUUAAAACCAACAAUGUAGUUUAA